AAUUGGAAGCAAAUGACAUCACAGCAGGUCAGAGAAAAAGGGUUGAGCGGCAGGCACCCAGAGUAGUAGGUCUUUGGCAUUAGGAGCUUGAGCCCAGUCGGCCCUAGCAGGGACCCCAGCGCCCGAGAGACCAUGCAGAGGUCGCCUCUGGAAAAGGCCAGCGUUGUCUCCAAACUUUUUUUCAGCUGGACCAGACCAAUUUUGAGGAAAGGAUACAGACAGCGCCUGGAAUUGUCAGACAUAUACCAAAUCCCUUCUGCUGAUUCUGCUGACAAUCUAUCUGAAAAAUUGGAAAGAGAAUGGGAUAGAGAGCUGGCUUCAAAGAAAAAUCCCAAACUCAUUAAUGCCCUUCGGCGAUGCUUUUUCUGGAGAUUUAUGUUCUAUGGAAUCUUUUUAUAUUUAGGGGAAGUCACCAAAGCAGUACAGCCUCUCUUACUGGGAAGAAUCAUAGCUUCCUAUGACCCAGAUAACAAGGAGGAACGCUCUAUCGCGAUUUAUCUAGGCAUAGGCUUGUGCCUUCUCUUUAUCGUGAGGACACUGCUCCUACACCCAGCCAUUUUUGGCCUUCAUCACAUUGGAAUGCAGAUGAGAAUAGCUAUGUUUAGUUUGAUUUAUAAGAAGACUUUAAAGCUGUCAAGCCGUGUUCUAGAUAAAAUAAGUAUUGGACAACUUGUUAGUCUCCUUUCCAACAACCUGAACAAAUUUGAUGAAGGACUUGCAUUGGCACAUUUCGUGUGGAUCGCUCCUUUGCAAGUGGCACUCCUCAUGGGGCUAAUCUGGGAGUUGUUACAGGCCUCUGCCUUCUGUGGACUUGGUUUCCUGAUAGUCCUUGCCCUUUUUCAGGCUGGGCUAGGGAGAAUGAUGAUGAAGUACAGAGAUCAGAGAGCUGGGAAGAUCAGUGAAAGACUUGUGAUUACCUCAGAAAUGAUUGAAAAUAUCCAAUCUGUUAAGGCAUACUGCUGGGAAGAAGCAAUGGAAAAAAUGAUUGAAAACCUAAGACAAACAGAACUGAAACUGACUCGGAAGGCAGCCUAUGUGAGAUACUUCAAUAGCUCAGCCUUCUUCUUCUCAGGGUUCUUUGUGGUGUUUUUAUCUGUGCUUCCCUAUGCACUAAUCAAAGGAAUCGUCCUCCGAAAAAUAUUCACCACCAUCUCAUUCUGCAUUGUUCUGCGCAUGGCGGUCACUCGGCAAUUUCCCUGGGCUGUACAAACAUGGUAUGACUCUCUUGGAGCAAUAAACAAAAUACAGGAUUUCUUACAAAAGCAAGAAUAUAAGACAUUGGAAUAUAACUUAACAACUACAGAAGUAGUGAUGGAGAAUGUAACAGCCUUCUGGGAGGAGGGAUUUGGGGAAUUAUUUGAGAAAGCAAAACAAAACAAUAACAAUAGAAAAACUUCUAAUGGUGAUGACAGCCUCUUCUUCAGUAAUUUCUCACUUCUUGGUACUCCUGUCCUGAAAGAUAUUAAUUUCAAGAUAGAAAGAGGACAGUUGUUGGCGGUCGCUGGAUCUACUGGAGCAGGCAAGACUUCACUUCUAAUGAUGAUUAUGGGAGAACUGGAGCCUUCAGAGGGUAAAAUUAAGCACAGCGGAAGAAUUUCAUUCUGUUCUCAGUUUUCCUGGAUUAUGCCUGGCACCAUUAAAGAAAAUAUCAUCUUUGGUGUUUCCUAUGAUGAAUAUAGAUACAGAAGUGUCAUCAAAGCAUGCCAACUAGAAGAGGACAUCUCCAAGUUUGCAGAGAAAGACAAUAUAGUUCUUGGAGAAGGUGGAAUCACACUGAGUGGAGGUCAACGAGCAAGAAUUUCUUUAGCAAGAGCAGUAUACAAAGAUGCUGAUUUGUAUUUAUUAGACUCUCCUUUUGGAUACCUAGAUGUUUUAACAGAAAAAGAAAUAUUUGAAAGCUGUAUCUGUAAACUGAUGGCUAACAAAACUAGGAUUUUGGUCACUUCUAAAAUGGAACAUUUAAAGAAAGCUGACAAAAUAUUAAUUUUACACGAAGGUAGCAGCUAUUUUUAUGGGACAUUUUCAGAACUCCAAAAUCUACGGCCAGACUUUAGCUCAAAACUCAUGGGAUGUGAUUCUUUCGACCAAUUUAGUGCAGAAAGAAGAAAUUCAAUCCUAACUGAGACCUUACGCCGUUUCUCAUUAGAAGGAGAUGCUCCUGUCUCCUGGACAGAAACAAAAAAACAAUCUUUUAAACAGACUGGAGAGUUUGGGGAAAAAAGGAAGAAUUCUAUUCUCAAUCCAAUCAACUCUAUACGAAAAUUUUCUAUUGUACCAAAGACUCCCUUACAAAUGAAUGGCAUCGAAGAGGAUUCUGAUGAGCCUUUAGAGAGAAGGCUGUCCUUAGUUCCAGAUUCUGAGCAGGGAGAGGCGAUACUACCUCACAUCAGUGUGAUCAGCACUGGUCCCACGCUUCAGGCACGAAGGAGGCAGUCUGUUCUGAACCUGAUGACACACUCAAUUAACCAAGGUCAGAGCAUUCACCGAAAGACAACAGCAUCCACACGAAAAGUGUCACUGGCCCCUCAGGCAAACUUGACUGAACUGGAUAUAUAUUCAAGAAGGUUAUCUCAAGAAACUGGCUUGGAAAUAAGUGAAGAAAUUAAUGAAGAAGACUUAAAGGAGUGCUUUUUUGAUGAUAUGGAGAGCAUACCAGCAGUGACUACAUGGAACACAUACCUUCGAUAUAUUACUGUCCACAAGAGCUUAAUUUUUGUGCUAAUUUGGUGCUUAGUAAUUUUUCUGGCAGAGGUGGCUGCUUCUUUGGUUGUGCUGUGGCUACUUGGAAACACUCCUCUUCAAGACAAAGGGAAUAGUACUCAUAGUAGAAAUAACAGCUAUGCAGUGAUUAUCACCAGCACCAGUUCGUAUUAUGUGUUUUACAUUUACGUGGGAGUAGCCGACACUUUGCUUGCUAUGGGAUUCUUCAGAGGUCUACCACUGGUGCAUACUCUGAUCACAGUGUCGAAAAUUUUACACCACAAAAUGUUACAUUCUGUUCUUCAAGCACCUAUGUCAACCCUCAACACGUUGAAAGCAGGUGGGAUUCUUAAUAGAUUCUCCAAAGAUAUAGCAAUUUUGGAUGAUCUUCUACCUCUUACCAUAUUUGACUUCAUCCAGUUGUUAUUAAUUGUGAUUGGAGCUAUAGCAGUUGUUGCGGUUUUACAACCCUACAUCUUUGUUGCAACAGUGCCAGUGAUAGUGGCUUUUAUUAUGUUGAGAGCAUAUUUCCUCCAAACCUCACAGCAACUCAAACAACUGGAAUCUGAAGGCAGGAGUCCAAUUUUCACUCAUCUUGUUACAAGCUUAAAAGGACUAUGGACACUUCGUGCCUUCGGACGGCAGCCUUACUUUGAAACUCUGUUCCACAAAGCUCUGAAUUUACAUACUGCCAACUGGUUCUUGUACCUAUCAACACUGCGCUGGUUCCAAAUGAGAAUAGAAAUGAUUUUUGUCAUGUUCUUCAUUGCUGUUACCUUCAUUUCCAUUUUAACAACAGGAGAAGGAGAAGGAAGAAUUGGUAUUAUCUUGACUUUAGCCAUGAAUAUCAUGAGUACAUUGCAGUGGGCUGUAAACUCCAGCAUAGAUGUGGAUAGCUUGAUGCGAUCUGUGAGCCGAGUCUUUAAGUUCAUUGACAUGCCAACAGAAGGUAAACCUACCAAGUCAACCAAACCAUACAAGAAUGGCCAACUCUCGAAAGUUAUGAUUAUUGAGAAUUCACAUGUGAAGAAAGAUGACAUCUGGCCCUCAGGGGGCCAAAUGACUGUCAAAGAUCUCUCAGCAAAAUACACAGAAGGUGGAAAUGCCAUAUUAGAGAACAUUUCCUUCUCAAUAAGUCCUGGCCAGAGGGUGGGCCUCUUGGGAAGAACUGGAUCAGGGAAGAGUACUUUGUUAUCAGCUCUUUUGAGACUACUGAACACCGAAGGAGAAAUCCAGAUCGAUGGUGUGUCUUGGGAUUCAAUAACUUUGCAACAGUGGAGGAAAGCCUUUGGAGUGAUACCGCAGAAAGUAUUUAUCUUUUCUGGAACAUUUAGAAAAAACUUGGAUCCCUAUGAACAGUGGAGUGAUCAAGAAAUAUGGAAAGUUGCAGAUGAGGUUGGGCUCAGAUCUGUGAUAGAACAGUUUCCUGGGAAGCUUGACUUUGUCCUUGUGGAUGGGGGCUGUGUCCUAAGCCAUGGCCACAAGCAGUUGAUGUGCUUGGCUAGAUCUGUUCUCAGUAAGGCGAAGAUCUUGCUGCUUGAUGAACCCAGUGCUCAUUUGGAUCCAGUAACAUACCAAAUAAUUAGAAGAACUCUAAAACAAGCAUUUGCUGAUUGCACAGUAAUCCUCUGUGAACACAGGAUAGAAGCAAUGCUGGAAUGUCAACAAUUUUUAGUCAUAGAAGAGAAUAAAGUGCGGCAGUACGAUUCCAUCCAGAAACUGCUGAACGAGAGGAGCCUCUUCCGGCAAGCCAUCAGCCCCUCCGACAGGGUGAAGCUCUUUCCCCACCGGAACUCAAGCAAGGGCAAAUCUCAGCCCCAAAUUGCUGCUCUGAAAGAGGAGACAGAAGAAGAGGUGCAAGAUACAAGGCUUUAGAGAGCAGCGUAAAUGUUGGCAUGGGACAUUUGCUCAUGGAAUUGGAGCUCGUGGGACAGUCACCUCAUGGAAUUGGAGCUCGUGGAACAGUCACCUCUGCCUCAGAAAACAAGGAUGAAUUAUGUUUUUUUUAAAAAAGAAACAUUUGGUAAGGGGAAUUGAGGACACUGAUAUGGGUCUGGAUAAAUGGCUUCCUGGCAAUAGUCAAAUUGUGUGAAAGGUACUUCAAAUCCUUGAAGAUUUACCACUUGUGUUUUGCAAGCCAGAUUUUCCUGAAAACCCUUGCCAUGUGCUAGUAAUUGGAAAGGCAGCUAUAAAUGUCAAUCAGCCUAGUUGAUCAGCUUAUUGUCUAGUGAAACUCGUUAAUUUGUAGUGUUGGAGAAGAACUGAAAUCAUACUUCUUAGGGUUAUGAUUAAGUAAUGAUAACUGGAAACUUCAGCGGUUUAUAUAAGCUUGUAUUCCUUCUUCUAUCCUCUCCCCAUGAUGUUUAGAAACACAACUAUAUUGUUUGCUAAGCAUUCCAACUAUCUCAUUUCCAAGCAAGUAUUAGAAUACUGCAGGAACCACAAGACUGCACAUCAAAAUAUGCCCCAUUCAACAUCUAGUGAGCAGUCAGGAAAAAGAACUUCCAGAUCCUGGAAAUCAGGGUUAGUAUUGUCCAGGUCUACCAAAAAUCUCAGUAUUUCAGAUAAUCACAAUACAUCCCUUGCCUGGGAAAAGGGCUGUUAUAGUCUUACACAGGGGACAGGAUGGUUCCCUUGAUGAAGUUGAUAUGCCUUUUCCCAAACUCCAGAAAGUGACAAGCUCACAGACCUCUGAACUAGAGGUUGGCUGGAAAAGUAUGUUAGUGCAAAUUGUCACAGGAAAGCCCUUCUUUCCACAGAAGCUCCAGGUAGAGGGUGUGUAAGUAGAUAGGCCAUGGGCACUGUGGGUAGACACACAUGAAGUCCAAGCAUUUAGAUGUAUAGGGUGAUGGUGGUAUGUUUUCAGGCUAGAUGUAUGUACUUCAUGCUGUCUACACUAUGAGAGACACACUGAAGAAGCACCAAUCAUGAAUUAGUUUUAUAUGCUUCUGUUUUAUAAUUUUGUGAAGCAAAAUUUUUUCUCCAGAAAAUAUUUAUUUUAAUAAUGUUUCAAACAUAUAUAACAAUGCUGUAUUUUAAAAGAAUGAUUAUGAAUUACAUUUGUAUAAAAUAAUUUUUACAUUUGAAAUGACUUUUUAUGGCACUAGCUAUUUUUAUGAAAUAUUAUGUUAAAACUGGGACAGGGGAGAACCUAGGGUGAUAUUAACCAGGGGCCAUGAAUCACCUUUAGGUCUGGAGGGAAGCCUUGGGGCUGAUGCAGUUGUUUCCCACAGCUGUAUGAUUCGCAGCCAGCAUACAGGUUCCCUCUUAGAUACAGUUCUGAAGAAGAUGGUACCACCAGUCUGACUAUUUCCAUCAAGGGUACACUGCCUUCCCAACUCCAAACUGACUCUUAAGAAGAUUGCAUUAUAUUUAUUACUGUAAGAAAAUAUCACUUGUCAAUAAAAUCCAUACAUUUGUGUGAAA